AUGGAGUCAACUCCGCCAGAAGAAGUUUACGUUGAUGAAUUCGACCCCAAGGAGCACCAGGGAUGUUACAUUUUCACUCUGGACGGCGAAGAGGAUAGGCCGACAAAGCACCGGAAGACUAAAGGCAAGCAACGUGCUACGGAGAAAGCAGUUGUAGAGGAAGAGAAAUGUCCUUUCCCUGUGCUAUUAGAUGGUAAGGAGACAGAGAGUACCAUAAAGCUCAGAUACCGGACGUAUUGUAAACUUUGGGAGGCGCAAGAAAAGAGAACGAAGGCUAUUCUGGAUUCUUUCAAUAGCAAGACUCUGGAUGACGUUUCAACUUUUGUAAAGGAUGCUACGCCAGAGAAGUACGAAGGGAAGAUCCCCACAGCGCUUGUUCUCGCCGGUCCAAACAUUGCGUCGCACGAGCUGCUAUUCGAACAGCUAGCUCAACGGAUACGGAGUCAGGAUAGGACUGGACCAGUUGUGGUCCUGACCUCUAAAGAUGCUACCAACUUAAAGACCAUUCUCAGGAAAUUGAUCAGGGACGCUACACAACAAGAUGAAGGCGUAGAUGACGAAGAAGAGGAUAUUGUUCGCAAGAGCACGAAAUUACUCAACUACGAUCUACAGAUCUUGCAGAUUUGGUGUGAAUUACACAAGGGUCAGAAGGUCACCGUUGCGGUGCAAGAUUCUGAAGCCUUUGACAGCGGUAUUCUUUCUGAUUUAAUAUCGCUUUUUAUUUCAUAUUUGGAUCGCAUACCAUUUGUACUUCUGAUUGGUAUUGCGACCUCAGUGGAGAUAUUUCACGAUAAGCUUCCGAAAUCGACGAUUCGUCUCAUGAGGGGAAAUAAGUUUGAUGUCGAACGGGCUGAGGAGUGCCUUGCCCAGAUAUUUAACGACUCUAUGACAAGCGAUGAAGCUGUUCUCAGGCUUGGGGCGUCUGUCUGUGAUUUCCUCCUUGAACGGUACAGGGAUCACACUCAGAGCAUACAAGCCUUUGUGGCGGCAUUGAAGUAUGCCUACAUGUCACACUUCUACGCCAAUCCUCUAAGCAUUAUUCUUGGAUUUAUUGAUAACACCGAUGGUCUUGGAGAGGUAUUAUCUACUGAGCAUGUGGAGGCAAUCAGAAACGUUCCGUCUUUUAGGAGAUAUGUAGAAGGCAAGAUGGCCGCAAAGGAAGUCGGUGAGGUCCGCAAGCUACUUACCGAUGACAAUUAUGUUCGUCGCGCCAUUGCCGAAAGAAUUCCGGAGUCGCGAAAUUACGGUAUCGAGCUAGGCCAGGCAUUGACAUUCUUGGAGAUUGGGCGCAGCUGUACAUUAAUCCAGAACAAUGCCCCACGUUAUGAACUGUAUUCGAAAGCUCUUUCCGGAGAGCUUCAAACCAGUCCUUCCGUCAGGGAAUUUCUAAUGUCUUUGAAGCGAAUGAAUUCCACCACUUUACUCAAUCUCCUUGAAAAGGUCAUGCAGGAGAUCCAAACACCAGCUAUCACUGAGCCUCUAAGACCUUUGCAGGAGAAGAUAAAAAAGCUAGUCGAGGAAGCAGAAGCCUCUGGAGGAAAAAAGAACUUAAUUAGCGAGUUUGACAUCACGAAUAAUACCUUACGAGGGACUGCCGUCUCGAAGAAAGUCCGACUCGGCGAGCAAAAGUCUUCGUUGACCAAGCAGGAUACUGAGUAUUCGGCAUUAGUCCAGCAGGUCUAUACCAUCGCCGAAUCAUACCUCACGACUAAUUUCAACUCUAGUCAACACGGCUUGCAAAAUGUACUCCUGCACGAGGUCUUCUUUUACGACUUGAGGUCUCCGCAUAGUGCUGUCUUUGCACCAAAACCCCGCUCCACGAUUGAGCGCGGGUUGUCCCAACCGCAGGACUACCUCGCUUGUUCGUGUUGCACCUCCGCCGACGGGGAUGAAGUCGGUAUCAGGGGAACUCAACCCCCCGCCAGCAUCAUAUACCGAUUAUACCUGGAGUCCGGCGCGCUGAUCAACAUAUACGAUCUCUGGAGCGCUUUUUACUCCGUUAUUGCCGGCGAAGAAGAGGAAUUUGACGUUCCGACUGCUCAGGCACUGUUCUACAGAUCACUCGCGGAAAUGCGCUUCUUGGGCUUUGUGAAGCAUACGAAGAAGAAGACGGAUCACAUCGCGAAGUUGGCUUGGAAGGGAAUUUGACCUUACUCUUUCCCUUAAUUAUGUUUCUGUGCUCUGACUUUCCUUUUUCAUUUAUUUUCAUUCGCUCAUCUUUUCGGUUUCCAUUUUCCACUCUCCACUUUUCUCAUUCUCGGAUUAAAAUUACCCAUUUGUUAUUCUGGAUGGUUGGAUAGAUUGGGAUGCCUUUAUCAAUUCUUAAGUUGAAUUUUGUGUACUGAAAUUGGGCUGGUGCCAGUAGUGUCACGACACGGCAAUACCGGUAGUAGAAUCUCGGGAGGUUAUUGUGCUCGCCUACAUAUAUGGUUGAGUGUUGAAUCA